UUACAUAUCAAUCCGUUCAGCAAACUGAAAGUAAAAAUAAUGACUUUAAUUCUCAGUCAAAUCCACAGAAUGAAGCUUCUACGCAAACAAUUACUGAGAAUAAUUUACCUACUUCGCGGGGAAAGCCAAAUUCUGCUAAUAUUGCACCCAGUUCCAUCACCUCUAUAAAAUAUUUUACAUCCACUUUGGCAACUUCCGCCACAUUAUUAAUUACUACCACUGAAAAUUCUUCCACGAAAGUUAUUACCACUGUUGUGGCUUCAUCUAAAGUUGUUGUUUCGUCAACUAAAGUGGUAGUUGCUGUAACAAACAGUAACUCACCUAGUAAUAAUAAUCUUAUUUCAAGUGCUGAUUCAUUUCUUCUCAUUGAUGAAAUAUUUAAAAGUAUAAUAAUGGCUUUAUUUAACUCUUUCGGCUUAAGUUUGAUUUUUAUCUGA